AUGAGGUCGCCUUCUUCAUCGGGGCCGCGUUGCGAAGCCUCCCAGCGGCGGCGCUCUGACCGCUGCUCGAACUCGACACGGCCUGGCGGCGACGCCCGCGAUCAACCACGACAGGGGCAUGGAGGCGUCUUUGUAGCCGGCGGCCGCGCGUCAUGGGCCCUCUCUUGGAGGAGUGCCAGCGCGCUGGCGUUUUUGGGCGUGGCCUCGCUGUUGGGGGCGGAGGCGGUCAGCAACGGGGGCGGUCACUCCUGCUCCGCGUUCGACGACGGGACCAUCAAGUGCUGGGGUGCGAACGCUGUGGGCCAGCUCGGGCUGGGCCACACGAGCUCCCGCGGCACCACGGCGGCGCAGAUGGGAGACACGCUCGGCGUGGUCAAUCUCGGGACGGACUUCUUCGCCCUCGGCGUGACGUGCGGCCUGGACCACUCCUGCGCGUGGAACAACGCGGGCAACGUCAAGUGUUGGGGCGGCAACGCGUAUGGCCAGCUUGGCCUUGAGGACACGACAAACCGCGGCAACAGCACCGUCUCCAUGGGAGACAACCUCCCGUACGUUGACCUCGGCGAUGGAGACACCGCUGUGGAGGUAGUGGCCGCUAACCACUUUACCUGCGUCUUGCUCCACGACGAGACCGUCAAGGUGGAGCUGGUGCCGGCGGGGGCUAACUACACGGUCUCGGUCCUGACCGCCCACAACAGCCCUUGCGUGAUCAUGAAGUCCGACGUGGCUACCUCAGAGGCCGUCAAGUGCUGGGGUUCUAACGGCUACGGCAGCCUCGGCGUGGGCGACGUGUACAACCGCGGAGACCACGCGUUGGAGAUGGGCGGCUACCUGGACUCGGCCGACCUCGGCACGGACGUGGCCGCCGUCGACCUUACGUCCGGCAUGGACUUCGUGUGCGCGCUGACCGACACGGGGCGCGUCAAGUGUUGGGGCCGCAACUGCAACGGGCAGGGCGGGUUCGGCGACGUGGAGACGUACGGUGACGACCCUGACGAGAUGGGGGACAACCUGCCCUACGUGGACCUCGGCACCAACCGCACCGCCAUCUCCGUGACCGCCGGCGACGCCCACGUCUGCGCCUUGCUCGAUGAAGGGUCCGUCAAGUGCUGGGGGAAGGGCUACUACGGCCAGACCGGUCUCGAGGCCUGGCAGUCCAUGGGGCAGAUUCCCGGGCAGAUGGGCGACUCUCUCCCGGUCGUGGACCUCGGCAGCUCCGCGGCGACGUCGUCGUCCGCCCGUCGCAGGCUUGGCGAGGCCCGCGGUUUGCGGGGCCUUCAGGCUGCGACUACGGCGGUGUCGGUGGACAGCCUCUCGGCCGGGGGGCAGAUGUCGUGCGCCAUCGUUGACGGGGGCUCCGUGAAGUGCUGGGGCAGAGCGGUGGAAGGAGCGCUCGGCCUCGGAGACGAGACGGACAGGGGCGACCGCGCGGGCUCGAUGGGGGAUGCCUUGCCGCUCCUCUCCCUUGGCACGGGCAAGGUUGCGGUGGCUCCGUCGCCGACCCCGGAAGUCACGCUCCCCCCGACUCCGGCUCCGACGGUUCCCGCUACCCCGGCCCCGACCCUGGAGGCUCAAGCGCUGCCCACGUCUCCGCCCACGCUUUCGCCCACGCCUUCGCCCACGCCUUCGCCCACGCCGGCGCCCACGCCGGCGCCCACGCCGUCCCCGACGCUCGCGCCGACUAUCGCGCCGACGGUGGCCGUGGCAACUGCUCGCGGCGGCUUCGAAGGAAUUGCCAACGAUGCUGGUCUUUCUGUCAACGAGGGGAUCGCUGUCGCCGCGGGUGUGCCGCUGUUAGCCGUGGCCGUGUGCUGCUUCUGCGGCUUCCUGGCCGCCCGAAAGAAGAGGAAGAGCAAGAAAGAACGGGCGGACAUCGAGGAGGUCGCCGCCAUCGAUGGCGGUGGCGGCGGUGGCGGCGGUGGCGGCGGCCGCAAGCCACCAACCGGCCACGCCGCGACCAUCGCGCCCGCCUCCGCCGUCGGCUCCCGAGCCGGCUCCCGAAUCGGCUCCCGCAACCACUCCCGCAACCACUCCCGCGUGGGGGAUGUCUUCUACGCCCAGGGCCCCAGCAAGCACGGGAAGGAGUGCGGCUCUGGCAGCGUCUCCGUGGACGGCAGCGGCAGGGGGUCCUGGUUGGUGGCGACCGAACGCGCCCCGGCCGACGGGAGCGACAACGCUUUCGGCAACGAGGACAACGCGCACGACAAGCAGUCGGAGAACGAUUUCGACGAUGUAACUCCCGAGACCCGUGAGAGGAUCAGCUCUUCGGAGACGCCACCUAACACCUGGGCAGACUACGAGGCUCAGCCGGUCACCGCCUCCGGCUCGUUCACCCCGGAGUCGAACGCCGCGCACUCGCGCGGGGGAUCCAUCUCCUACUCGCAAACCUCUCAUUCGAGAAACGCGUCGAGCACGAGGUAAUGGGACGUGACCGGCGGCGGCGGCGGCGUCACCCCGUAGUACGUAGUCUUGUUUUGUUUCGGCAGGGAUGACGUCAUCAUCAUCGCGGGCGUCGUCAUUGUAGUUGUUGCCCACCCUCUGCUUCUUCUGCAAAGCCGACAGGGCUAACCGGUUGGGUGGGGUCCUCGCCGCCGUCUCUAUGAUGUGGUCCGCACAUCCCGGAAUGGCUGGCGGAUGGAUAGGUGGACGGACGCAGGCACGCAAGGUGUAUUGGGCUUUUUUCAUUGGUGCGUGCCUUUUUGCUUUGCCAGCGCAUCCAUAUUUCUGUGGUGGGAGGGGGUGUGACAUGUAACUAGCGUAAUUUUUUCCGCGGGGGAUAUUGCUGUCGUGUCGACUGUCUGCGCGCUUCUUAUUUUUGUAUCGCGCAAGGGUGGGUCGAACGUGUUGCGCCCGCCGCUUAUCUUGCAGGCGUUUGGAUGCCCUUCAGCGCGAGGCAAGCCUUGGUCUUGUGUGUCAAGCGGUCUUGAUUGAUUGAUGAACUGCGCGCGCCACGUGGUUUUUUUGUUGGGGGGGGGGGAGAUUGGGUCCUUCGUUCUGUCGUUAUCCAAGUGUUUUUUGGAGUUGAUUGUUUGCAGAUUCCCGCGCGAUGCGGAUGAGAGUGUAGAAUAUUGUUCGGUUCGUACAUUGGUUCCUUUCAUCAUUGUUGGCAUGCGUGGAUGGGUACCGCAUGGUUCAGAGAGACAGACGGACACAGCUGUGUCCUCGAGUCAUGGGUUCAAGAACGGACGUAGGUCGAGACGUGCGAUGGCCAUAAUUUUUGGGUUGUUGUCGUUGUUCCAAGGCUUUUACGCCGAAUCAAGGCGAAUAGGAGAGAACCUGCAUCACCUCAGCGGACCUUAACGAGGAAGUAAUAGCCGAUACUUGUCCAUAGGCCAGUGGAGGUUUCGUCCGCGCAGCGACCAUCGACCGGGUCGGUUAUAUCCCACGCGCGAAAGCUGGGCGACGUUUGGUGUAGCCGACCACGUGCGUUGAGGCUGUUGGGGGGCCACCAGCCUGCCGUGUGUUUCCCACCUGGUAUAUUCGGUGCCAUCUACAGUCGAUAGCAGACUCUGUGUGUCAAUGUUGGUGACAGAUUUUUCUUGCCUGUGUUCGUUGGCGCUGUUGGACUUUGGUUUUUUACCACCGUCAACUUCAUGUCGCUAUUUUUGCCUGUUUGCUCGUGAGUCUUGGUUGUGCGAACG